UUUUUAAUUACACAUGCCUUUGCUUUGUACUCAUUUUGUGUUCUUUUUAUCUUGGAAUUAUGUUUAAUUUUGCCACGUAAUUUCAACAUUGCUAUAUAAUUAUUUUUGUUAGUUUUACGAAAUAAUACGCCAUAAUAUUCUAUUCUAUGUAUAUCGGCUGUAGGGAUAGGCAUUGCUAAUUGGAGCUAAGAUCUGAAGCCCGACCCAAAAUUCGGGCCGGAAAUGUCAAUCAUUACGUUCGAAUCGGAUCUGGCUUCUCAAUCGCUGACUUUUUUUUUAAAUGAGGCGUUUUGACCACGAAAGAUCAUGGUCUGCAAAAAACAGAAGUUACCUCAUCAACAUGACACAUACUGUACAAAACUCUUGCAAUGACUAUUCAAUGAACGCCUAAAUUAAAUAUGAAAUUUCAGGCUUGGGUUGCAAAUCCAGUUAAUUAGACGGGCUCGGGUCGGGUUUAAUACCCACGGGCCUGGGUCGGGGCGGAAUUUUUGGGCCCGAUCUUACCUCUAUUGCUAAUUACUUAGUCACCGCACAAGGAUGGAAAGAAAAGAAAUUAUGACGUCAGAUUCAUUUACAGAACUAAUUGUGACGCCAGAAUUUUAUGCAAUAAUGAAGUUGAGCACAAAAGGAAAAUCAUUGCAAGAGUUUGUUGAAAUUGAUAUUAAAGCAAUUGUUGUGGACAUUGAAGGAACCACUACACCAAUAACAUUUGUCACUGAAGUCCUGUUCCCAUACAUCAAAGAAAACAUAAAGACAUACUUGACCAAAAACUGGAAUGAAAAAGAACUCUUAGAUGAUUAUGAAGCUCUAAGAGCUUUGGCAGAGUCUGAUAGACAAUCGGAAAUUGAAGAUGUACCUUUAAUACCAUCACAUGAUGAAAAAGGUGCUCAAGAAUCUGUGGUGAAAAACGUUUUGUGGCAAAUGUCUAAAGACAGAAAGUCGACAGCCUUGAAACAGUUGCAAGGCCACAUGUGGCAGUCUGCUUACGCAAAUGGACUUAUCAAGGGUGAUGUUUAUGAGGAUGUGCCGAGUACUUUGAAAUCCCUAAAGACUGACGGAAAAUCGCUUUUUGUUUAUUCUUCUGGAAGUAUAAAGGCACAAAAACUACUUUUUGGACAUAGCAAUAGGGGUGACCUUUGCCCACUAUUUAGUGGAUAUUUUGACACAAAUGUUGGCGCGAAGAAAGAAGCGUCAAGUUACAUUAAGAUAUCAGAUUCAAUAGGCGAGAACCCAGAAAAUAUUAUAUUCUUGACAGAUGUCCUUGCUGAAGCAGAGGCAGCAACAACAGCUGGAAUGAAUGCUUGUAUUGUGCUACGUCCAGGAAACCACCCCAUCUUAAAAGAUGAUCUGGAAAGAUUUACAACAAUAAAAUCGUUCUCUGAACUUGUAUUCACAGAGGAAGAUAUUCCAGAAAAGCGUCAGAAAGUUGAUGAGUCCCUCAAGAAAUAAAACUACAGUACUUAGUAAUCAGUGACUGGUAUUCCUAAACCUUGGGAAGCAUGUGUCUCUGCAUAUGCUUGGUAAUGUUUCGCUGAUCCCAGUAUUGGACAGCAAAAUACUACUGAUUGGCGCAUAUUCCCUUUUAAGCUAUUAAUUAGCAUGCAGGUAUAUUUUACAUGAAUCCCACCUUAAAUAACAUUUUAUUUAGGAAAUAAUUGGUUUGUGCAUUAUGUGGUGAAAUUCAUGAAGUUGAAAAAAUAUUGAAAAGAUCUGUUUAUCAUUAAAUCAACCAUUGAAGGAGUCCAA